UUAAACAUGAUUCGUGUUCUUCUGUCUGUUGUCGUAAAUAAAGAUUGGCCCCUACAUCAACUAGAUGUAAAGAACACAUUCCUAAAUGGUGAGUUGGAAGAGGAAGUUUAUAUGAGUCCACCUCCAGGUUUCGAAGCUAAGUUUGGGAAUCAUGUUUGCAAACUCAGGAAGUCUUUAUAUGGGUUGAAGUAGUUCUCUAGGGCAUGGUUUGACAGGUUCACCGUGUUUGUUAAGUCCCAAAGGUUUGUUCAGGGGCAUUCUGAUCAUACCUUGUUUACCAAAAAAAUCACCCGUAGGAAAGAUUGCUGUGUUGGUAGUGUAUGUUGAUGACAUCAUCCUAUCAGGGUAUGACACGGCAGAAAUUGCUAAGCUAAAACAAAGGAUGGCAGGUGAAUUUGAAAUCAAGGAUCUUGGUAGUUUAAGGUAUUUUCUAGGGAUGGAAGUGGCAAGAUCAAAAGCAGGAAUAUCUGUAUCUCAGCGGAAGUACACUCUGGACUUGUUAAGGAAACAUGAAUGACUGGAUGCAAACCUAUUGACGCUUCUAUUGAGGUCAAUAGCAAACUGAAAAGUAUUUCGGAAGGAGUUCCUGUGAAUAAGGAGAGGUAUCAACGCUUAGUAGGAAAACUGAUUUACUUGUCUCAUAUUAGGCCCGACAUCUCCUAUGCUGUGAGUGUAGUAAGUCAGUUCAUACAGAGUCCAUAUGAGGAGCACAUGGAAGCUGUGACUCAAAUUUUGAGAUAUCUAAAGUCCACCCCUGGGAAGGGCUUGGUGUUUAGGAAACAUGACACACGGAGCAUCGAGGCAUAUACUGACUCAGAUUGGGCCGGAUCUGUGACUGAUAAAAGGUCAACCUCAGGGUACUGUACCUUUGUAUGGGGAAAUUUGGUAACUUGGCGGAGUAAAAAACAGGGUGUAGUGGCUAGAAGUAGUGCUGAGGCAGAGUAUAGAGCUAUGAAUCUGAGAGUGUGUGAAGAAAUCUGGUUGCAGAAAGUUUUAUCUGAUCUUCACGAGAGUAGUCCGGGGCCCAUGAAGUUGUAUUAUGAUAAUAAGGCUUCCAUCAGUAUUGCGAAUAAUCCCGUGCAACAUGAUAGAACCAAACAUGUAGAAAUUGAUAGGCACUUUAUUAAAGAAAAGUUAGACCGCGGAGCUAUUUGUAUUCCCUAUGUACCUUCAGUUCAACAGAUUGCAGAUGUUUUUACGAAAGAGUUAUCGAGAUAG